AUGUACGUUUCUAAUGUGAUGUACAUUUCUAAUGUGAUGUACGUUUCUAAUGUGAUGUACGUUUCUAAUGUGAUGUACAUUAAUGCACAUCACUCCUACCACCUGUCCUUGGCCCCUUGCCUUGAGCUACAGCGUCCCCUUCUCCCAUCACUCCUGGGCCAAGGAACCAUUCUCUGCAAGGUUGGCAGUCGGGAAACUGCUCAAGAGUUUGCAGGGAUGUGGCAUUUCCCAGGAAGCCUUUAAGCAAGGAAACAUGAGCCAAGCUGUAGGUGGGCUGGGGAGACCAACAUUUCAGAAUAUAGGGGACCCCACAGAGACCAGUCCAUGCCUGCUCUCAGACUUCGAUGGCCACAAGCAGGUCUGUGAGACUGAGCGUCCCCACAGUUAACCUUCAGGUUCUCAGGAACACAAGAGACUUCCUCUAAGGAGAACAACCUCAGGUGCCUAUGCCCUGUGCCCUCCUGCCUGCUGCCCCUGAGCACAGUCAUCAUGCCUCGUGGUCGGAAGAGUAAGCUCCGUGCCCGUGAGAAACGCCGCCAGGCUCAAAGGGAGGGCCAAGAUCUCGGGGGUGCUCAGGCCACUGUAGCAGAGGAAGAAGACUCCCCAGCCUCCCUCUCUCCUGUUUCUGAGAGUGCUUCCCAGAGCCUUCUGCCUACAGGCAUUCCCCAGGAGACUCAGAGAGCCCGAUCCACCAGCCCUCCUGCUUUAGCUAUUUCAAGGCCAAGUUCAGAUGAAGGUGCCAAGAGCCAAGAGGAGGAAAGUCCAAGCUCCUCCCAUGGGCUGCCCUCCUCUGAGAGCACAGGAAGAGACCCUCUGACCAGGAAGGUGGGCACGUUGGUGCAGUUCCUUCUGUUGAAGUAUAAAAUGAAAGAGCCCAUUAAGAAGGCAGACAUGCUGAAGAUUGUCAGAAAGAAGUACAGGGAGCACUUCCCUGAGAUCCUCCGGAGAGCCACUGAGCACAUGGAGCUAGUCUUUGGCCUUGAUCUUAAGGAAGUGAGCUCUAGUGAUCAGUCCUAUGCCCUUGUCAGCAAACUGGCUCUUCCCAAUGAAGGAAGAUUGAGCGAUGGCGAGGGCUUUCCCAAGAAUGGGCUCCUGAUGCCUCUCCUGGCUGUGAUCUUCAUGAAUGGUAACCGUGUCACUGAAGAGGAGAUGUGGGAAUUCCUGAAUGUGUUGGGAGUAUAUGAAGGUAGGAGGCACUUCAUCUUUGGGGAGCCCCGGAAGUUCAUCACUGAAGAUCUGGUGCGGGAAAAGUACCUGGAGUACCAGCAGGUGCCCAACAGUGAUCCUCCACGCUACGAAUUCUUGUGGGGUCCAAGGGCCUGUGCUGAAACCAGCAAGAUGGAAGUCCUGGAGUUUUUGGCCAAAGUCAAUGAUACUGUUCCCAGUAGCUUCCAGUCCCACUAUGAGGAGGCUUUGAGAGAUGAGGAAGAGCGAGCCCAAGUUAGAGCUGCAGCCAGGGCUGGCACUACUGUCCCAGCCAGUGCCCACUCCAGGGCCAUGACCAGCAGUUCCUCCCGGCCCUAG